CAGGGAACCAAUACUUCACUUCAUUAAUCUGGUUCCCUGUCUAUUAGUGAUCCGCUUUGCGCCUGCGCGCAGCUUAAUUGGCAGAAACUUCCGCUGAGAAUUGGCUGUCAAAACAAGAAAAUUUAAAAUGGCUGCCAGUUGAUACGAAGCUAGUGGUCACCAUGGCAACAAUAGCAAUGGAAGUUGAUAUGAGACCAAAGAUCUUGAUAGGUAGUCGGGAUCCAAGGCCUGCCUUCAAACAUCCACAACAUACCAAUAAGGCAUUUGAGUACUUCAACAUAAUGAGAAAACAGGAUAUAUUGUGUGAUGUGGUUCUUGUGGCAGAUAAUGUUGAAAUACCGUGUCAUAGAGUGGUGCUGUGUGCCUGUAGUCAGUAUUUCUACGCAAUGUUUACUGGAGACUUAGCAGAGGCUAAAUCUAACAGAAUAACUCUACAAGAAAUAGAUCCUACAGCAUUAGUAUUGUUGAUAGAUUUUGUUUAUUCAUCUGAGAUUCAAGUUACAGAAGAAAAUGUUCAGACAUUACUGCCAGCAGCUAAUAUUCUACAGAUGACGGAGGUACGAGAUGCUUGCUGCGAGUUCCUACAAUCUCAAUUACAUCCAUCAAAUGCUCUAGGUAUCAAGGCAUUUGCUGAUCUGCAUGCUUGUACAGAACUGUUCAAUUAUGCUAAUACUUAUUGUGAACAACAUUUUACAGAGUUAUAUCACUAUGAUGAAUUUUUAUCACUGCCGGUUCAGAAUGUAUGUAAACUUAUCUGUAGUGAUAGACUUACAGUCACAUCAGAAGAACAGGUAUUUGAAGCAGUAUUAUCAUGGGUAAAUCAUGACAUUAGUAAUCGUCAGGAGCUAGUAUCUCAAUUGAUAGAGAAUGUGCGUCUACCUCUCAUGACGCAGGAAUAUCUUGUGCAGCGUGUCGAGGAAGAACCUCUCAUCAAGUCAAACAGCCGGUGUAAAGAUUUUCUUAUAGAGGCCAUGAAAUAUCAUCUACUUAAAGGGGAACAAAAGGCAAUAUUCCAGACACCUAGGACUAUACCUAGGACACCACUAGGUCUACCAAAGGUUAUGUUAGUAAUAGGUGGUCAAGCACCUAAGGCUAUACGUAGUGUGGAAUGUUUUGACUUCAAGGAAGAUAGAUGGUUUCAACUUGCUGAGAUGCCCUCUAGAAGAUGUAGAUGUGGUGUAGCAUUGAUUAAUGGUUCAGUAUAUGCUGUUGGAGGGUUUAAUGGAUCUCUGAGAGUAAGAACUGUAGAUAUGUAUGACCCAUUGAAGGAUGUAUGGACGGCCUGUCCUAGUAUGGAGGCACGAAGAAGUACACUAGGUGUAGCUGUCCUAAAUGAUCUCAUUUAUGCUGUUGGAGGAUUUGAUGGUGCUUCAGGUCUGAAUACAGCCGAGUGUUUUGAUGUACGUUGUGGUGAAUGGAGAAUGAUUGCACCAAUGAGUACAAGGAGAAGCAGUGUUGGAGUGGGAGUUCUCAAUGGUUAUGUGUACGCAGUGGGCGGGUAUGAUGGCUCGUCAAGACAAUGUCUCAGCUCAGUAGAGCGAUAUAAUCCCAAUGAUGAUACCUGGUGUGCUGUUGCUGAAAUGUCGUGUAGACGUAGCGGAGCAGGUGUUGGUGUGGUGGAUGGCCUGUUGUAUGCUGUAGGAGGUCAUGAUGGACCACUAGUCAGAAACUCUGUAGAAAUGUAUAAUCCAGAAACCAACUCCUGGACACAACUAGGAGAUAUGCAUAGUUGUAGGAGAAAUGCAGGUGUGGUAGCAAAUGGAGGAUACCUGUAUGUAGUGGGAGGUGAUGAUGGAUCUUCAAAUCUAGGAUCAGUUGAGUGCUAUGACCCUAAAGCUAAUGCUUGGACAUUGUUAUCAUGUAGUAUGAUGACUGGGAGAAGUUAUGCUGGGGUAACUGUUAUAGAUAGACCUACUUACUAGAACUUUUAUCAUCCAAAUCUAGUGGGCUAUAAUACUCACCUCUACACAGAUGUGCUUCUAUCAACAGAAAGGUAUUCAGUAUUCAACCAUGUGGCACUGAUAACACUUGCACCAGACUUGACUUUGUAAAUGUUCUUCAUUUGUUUGGAGGCUUUAACAGUUUAUAUCAUGGUGUCCAUAUGUAAUUUCUGUACCUUCUUGAUGGAUAUUCACACAUUAGUAAAACCUGUCAAGUGCUGGCUGAUACCCAGUGGAAAUAUGUACUGGAAUGUUGGAUGCAGCAAGUACUGGUUGUGAUAGAGAUAGAGUUAAUUGUGUAUAUAUAACUUAUUAUUGUGGGAAUAUCAAUAUGCUUGCAUGCAUUUACACAUUGUUAACCAUCUUCAAUCACACAGCUAUUAUAUCUGGGGUUAAUUAUAACGGCUACAUAAGAUGUUUUUUGUUGGUAAUAUAGAUUUUUCUUUUGCCAAAAGUAAUAACUAUCAUGUAUUUUUGAAGUAAUUAGUAAGAAUUGAUGUGCAGUUAUUAUCUUUGAUACUUUGUGUAGUAAAGUGAAUGUGAGGGAAAAACUGUUUAUCAUUCUGAUUGUUGAAUGUCAUCUGGCACAAAAAUGUCAUCUCCAGUUGAAUAUAUUGUUUAUAAUUUUACAAUUUCUCUGUAAAAAUGUCUGACAAUCAGAUUUGUUCUUGAGAAGAUAUAAGAAGAUGGUUAUUAAGAAAAUGACAUGAGUUUAGCUUACAGCUAAAACGUAGGUUGUAUUAUUGAAUAUCCUAAACAUUGUGCUUGCAUUUUUAUAUGCCCAAAAGAAUUUCGGGCAUAUUAUGUUAUACCCCCUGGCGUCCGUCCGUCCGUACAAACCCAGAGGUACUUGUGUGACUUGAAGAACAAUGGGUAGCAGUAAAUUCUCUUUGAUCCUAAUCAUUCCGUUUUUACUUGAGUGUCUUUUUUUUAAGCCUUGUGUGACUAAAAAUGGCUAAAAAGAUCAAAGAACCACAUAAGUACUAUUUGAUAAGUAUGUCCGUCCGUCCCUUAGCAAUUUGGUUUCCGGAGCAUAACUAAAGUUCCAUUUGGCCCACAAUAUUCAAACUUCAUAGUAUGAUUGUCCAUAUUGGGUAGAAGACCCUUAUUGAUUUUGGGGUCACAAUGUCAAAGGUCAAGGUCACUAUUACUUUAAAACUGAAAACAGUUUCUGGAGCAUAACUUAAGUUCCAUUUGGCCCACAAUAUUCAAACUUCAUAGGAGGAUUGUUAUUUGAGGGAGGUAAUACUUUAUUUAAUUCCCAUGUCUUACAAAUGCUUCAUCUUUACUUAAAAAAAACUCACUUUCGGGCAUAUAAUGCCUCGCCUAGCAGUGCUCUUGUUUGUUUGUUUUUUGACAUGCUGAAUUGUUAUUUGAUAUAUGGUUGAACCUCUCGCCAUAAGAUUGUUGUUUGAUAAAAUUGGGACUUUUAUUUGUGGAUUUCAGCUUUAGAAUGACAUAUUGACAUUGUUGUUGAAGUGACAUCAGCAGUUCAGACGAAAAUUUAGGAAAUUAGUAGGUGAAUAGGUUUACACUAAUUUAACAUCUAAGCUAUUUUAACAUUUAAGUACAGUUAUACAUGUGAUGUAUUUGCUAAUGUGAAUUUGUUUUUAUAGAAAGGAGUAUGAAAUACAUUAGUGCUAUUAUUUUGCUAUUUUUAGAAGCAGUGAGAUGAUCUCAUUGUAACAAGUUUUAGCUUUAUAUAUAUGAGCCGUGUCAUGACAUUUCCAACAUAGUGGUCAAAUGACGUAAUCGUAGAAACGCGACGUCAAAAGUGACGCCAAUAUUUCUUAAUGAUAUAACGCGUGCUUUUCCAAUCAUCACUGUGUAGUUUUCAGGGAAAAAUAAUCUGAUCUAUCAUUUUUCAGAUAUGUAUAUUAACACGUCAAUUGCAAACUGAUAAUAUGGUCAGUGAACAGAACAUAGUAAACAUCGACAGAUAUAUGCAAGCGUCCGGCAAUAUACUUGUACAUUCAAAUAUCUCUUUAUCUGUAUAAAGAUAUACUACACAUCACGGUCAAGUAUGCUUGGUUCGUUUUUGGCCCAUUCGUGUUUGCCUAUUCAUUCGGUUUAACCCCAGCAGACAUGCAUUUACACAAUUUUAGCGUAUUUCAUGUGUGAAGUACACAUAUUUUGAGUUUUAUUGUUCUACCAUACAUUUGGCUAUACAGAGAAUAAAAAAAAAUUUGCAAUGGAUGAUUUGAUCAGUUAAAGGUUUUGUGUUUUGCUUUUAUGGCGAAACCUGAUAAUUUUAAUUUAACAGUGUUGUUUUCUUUCAUGUUUUAAAAUGAUAAUCAAAAACCGAGAUAUUGUUAACCA